GAACCCACCACCCGCCUGCUGUUGGACUUCCUACUCCCCGUCCUUGAAACAUCGACAGUCAAGCUAUGGACAUUCAGGUAGGGAUCCUUUUUUGUCGCCUUUUUCCCCCUCGUUGGGUCGUGUCGUCGCCGCUGGGCCAAAUCCCCGCAGCACCGCCAACCGCCCAACCCCACCACAAUAAUGUCCAUCUAUUCCCAAGGCGGGCAGCCGGCAGGGCAGGGCAGCCGUGCUAUUGAGAGCGCGAUCGAGAUCGGCUGGAAUCCCAACGCCGACCAGGCCCUGCAGCGUCAGGCUUUCGAGUUCCUUAACCAGCUCCGAACCGACUCGCAGGCCUGGCAGGUCUGCACCAGCCUCUUCACCCGGACGCCGAGACGGUCCGAGGUCGUCCGUCUGGUGUCUCUCGAAAUCAUCAACAAUGCCGUCAAUGCGCUGGCCCUCGACCAUGCCGGCCUCCUCUUCCUGAAGAACUCGCUCAUCGAAUACAUCAGACAAACCUACGGCGGCAACCCGCAGGAGCAGGUCGACCCGGCCCACCUCCAAAACAAGCUCACCCAAACCCUAACGAACCUGUUCGUUGCCCUCUACAAGGAUGGCUGGGAGACGUUUAUCGACGAUUUCCUGGCCCUGGCGGCCCUGUCGCCAGACAGCCAGGAUAACAACCCUGGCGUCGUCAUGUACCUACGCAUCAUCGGCUCCAUCCACGACGAGAUUGCGGACCUGUCGCUGAGUCGACAGGCAAACGAGCCGAAGCGGAACAGCGACCUGAAGGACCUGGUUCGGGUGCGCGACAUGCAGAAGAUUGCAAAAUCGUGGCGGGAUGUUCUGGCCAAGUACGGGAACCGCGACGACAACGUGGUCGAGAUGACGUUGAAAGUCAUAGGCAAGUGGGUCAGCUGGACGGAGAUCUCGCUGGUGAUCAACCAGGAAAUGCUCAAUCUCUUGCUGCCGCUGAUCGGGCGGACGAGCCCGACAGGGAGCGAGGACAAGGUGAGGGACACGGCUGUCGACACGUUGACCGAGAUCGUGGCCAAGAAGAUGAAGGCGAGUGACAAGACGGACAUGAUCGUGUUCCUCAACCUCCGCGAAAUCAUCUCGCAGCUCCUUGCGAGCCCCCCUCUCAACGACUUCAAGGGCACUCCCCGCUAUGACACGGACCUCGCCGAAGCGGUGGCCAAGCUGCUCAAUACAAUCAUGGCGGAUGUAGUACGCGUUCUAGAGGACAACAAGGUUGAAAAUGACACGCGAGGAAAGGCUGAACAGCUGCUCCGAGACUUUUUGCCGUCCCUCCUGCGUCUUUUCACGGACGAAUUUGACGAGAUCUGCUCGACCGUCAUCCCGUCUCUCACUGAUCUGUUGACCUUCCUCCGAAAGGUUGGCACCCUCCCUCCGGCGUAUGCGGGCAUGCUUCCCCCGAUCCUAAAUGCCAUUGUCUCUAAAAUGAGAUACGACGAGACGUCGUCUUGGGGCAAUGAAGACGAGCAGACAGAUGAGGCCGAGUUUCAGGAGCUACGUAAGAGACUCCAGAUUCUCCAGAAAAGCGUUGCGGCCGUCGACCAGGAUCUCUACAUUGAGUUUCUGAGCAACCUAGUUGGCAACAUGUUUUCGACUCUUGGGCAGCAAGGAUCACACAUGGACUGGAGAGACAUUGACUUAGCUCUUCACGAGAUCUAUCUAUUUGGCGAACUGGCUCUGCCGAACGCUGGGAUUGCGCAUAAGAGCCAGCCAAACGCGGUGGCGGUUGACCGGCUCGGCGUUAUGAUGAGCAAACUGGUUGAGUCAGGCAUUGCGAACUACCCUCAUCCGGCCAUUCUGCUCCAAUAUAUGGAGAUCUGCGUCCGGUACUACGUUUUCUUCGAGACGCAGCAGCGCUAUAUCCCCCAAGUGCUCGAAAACUUUGUGCGGCUGGUGCAUCACGAGCACGUGAGGAUCCGGACCCGGUCCUGGUACUUGUUCCUGAGGUUUGUGAAGCAGCUGAGGGCACAGGUUGGCAACGUGGCCAAGACGGUCAUUGAGUCUAUCAGCGACCUGUUGCCAAUCAAGGCAGAGAUGCCGGCCAACGAUGCCGACGACGACAUGUCUUCGGAUGAAUCAGACCACUCAGCCGACGCCGUGUUCAACAGCCAGCUCUACCUCUUUGAGGCCAUCGGGUGUAUAUCCUCGACCGCGGCCACGCCGGCCGCCGACCAGGCAGCCUACGCACACUCGGUCAUGGCACCGCUCUUUGAAGACAUGAGGGUGCACCUGCCACGGGCAAAGGCCGGUGAUGCGCAGGCCAUUCUGCAGAUCCACCACAUCGUGAUGGCUCUGGGCACUUUGGCAAGCGGCUUUGCCGAUUCCAAUUCCAACCAGGCGAGCACAAAGCCGCCACCUCCUAAGGUCAUCUCGGACGAGUUCUCGAGAGCUGCGGAGGCCAUCCUCAUUGCUCUCAACGAGCUGAACUCUAACGGAGAGAUUCGCGCGGCGUGCCGCUCGGCCUUUUCGCGGCUGCUCGGUGUUCUUGGCGCCGCCGUCUUGCCGCAGCUCCCUCAGUGGAUCGAAGGAUUGCUAUCUCGUAGCUCUAGUAAAGACGAGAUGGCCAUGUUCCUCCGAUUGCUGGAGCAGGUGGUCUACAACUUCAAGGGUGAGAUUUAUACCAUCCUCGAUCUCCUGCUGACGCCGCUGCUUGAGCGGGUAUUUGUUGGCCUGUCUGAGCCUAUCAGCGGCACCGACGAUGAGAUUCAGCUGCAGGAGCUGCGGCGGGAGUACGUCUCGUUCGUGCAGGUUAUCCUCGCCAACGAGCUCGGGGGCGUCCUGGUGAGCGCGGCCAACCAGGGCAUCUUCGACUCCCUCGUCGCGUCCAUCAUCACAAUAUCCAAGACGAUCAUCCACGCGAACCUUGGGACCAGCCGCACCGGAUUUAAUGUUCUUACGCGCAUGGCUGCCCAGUGGGGUGGGCCCGACGUUGCGACAGUCUCGGAGAGUCCCACAGUCACUGGGGCUCCUGCGCCUGCCUUUCAAGGGUUUGACCAGUUCAUGAUGGAUAGAUUCCAUACGGCGUGCUGGGAUGUCUUGCAGGAUCCAAACUUCAAGCCUUUCAGCGACGCGCAGACGAGGCAGAUCCUUAACGAGGUGACGGGUCUCCAACAAACCAUUUACACCAAGAUUGGAGAUGCCUUCAUUCGCCAUCUGCAGAGCGUCACGCUGCCGCCGCUUGGAAUAGACGGCUCCGAGUUUGUGCGCGUUUUGACAACGGCGACAGACCGGAGGGUCUUGACGACGUAUGUUCAGAAUCUAUUAAAGAAUCGCUCGUAGCUAGAUACAGCAGUGAAGAGGUGAGCUCUGAAUAGCUGCCGAGAGCCAACUUAUACCUUUCUGAAUUUACUCGGAGUGGUAAUCGAGAAGUUAUUUAUGCAUUGCCGGAGUUCUUGGU